CUCGUGAAGACGAAGACGAAGAGCAAUAAGAAGUGUAAAGAGGGAUUUGUGUUUGUUUGUUGUUCUUCGAUCGAGAAUGGUGAAAUCGACUAGUAAGGAUGCUCAGGAUCUGUUUCGUUCUCUCCGUUCUGCUUAUUCCGCUACGCCGACUAAUCUGAAGAUCAUCGACUUGUAUGUUGUUUUCGCUGUCUUCACUGCUCUGAUUCAGGUGGCUUAUAUGGCUAUGGUGGGAUCAUUUCCGUUUAACUCAUUCCUGUCUGGAGUUCUCUCUUGUGUCGGGACAGCAGUUCUUGCUGUUUGUCUCCGGAUUCAAGUGAACAAAGAAAACAAGGAAUUCAAGGAUUUGGCACCAGAGAGAGCUUUUGCUGAUUUUGUUCUCUGCAACUUAGUCCUCCACUUGGUGAUCAUCAACUUCCUCGGAUAGGUGUUUCACUCUCUUAUCUACAAGUCGCUUUCAUUUAUGUAUGUACUGGAGUUUUUAGGUGUCACUCGGAAUCAAAAACUCUAGUUUGAGAUAUUUUUGGUGUUGUUGUUGUCAAAGAAUCAAAAACUUUUUAUUAGUCUCUCAAUAACAGAGCUACUGCCGUAAUGGGACCAUUGGUUCAAUCAGGUUCCCUCGGCC